AUGUCAGAUCUAUUACGGAUCGUACCCUCUCCGCCGAAGUCCAGAUCGAUACGCAAGACGACAUCCACCACAUCCGUCCUCCAGCCAAGCUUAUACGAUCGCAACAUCCCGGGUACGCCGGCCUCGGCCUUGAGCAAGAAACAGGAUGCGGGCAGCGGCAGCGGCAGCGGCAGCGGCAGCGGCAGCGGCAGCGGCAGCAGAGACAAGGACGAGGGCAAGCAGCAGCCCGGCGCACACCAGCCAUGGCAGAGCCAGAGCCGGAGGCUCAGCAACAAAGAGAAUCUCGGCGGGUCGAAAAAUCCAAGGGACAAGGACAAGACUCAAGACGAGACGGCAGGCGGAGAUGGAGAUGCGAAGAACCACGAGGAUGAGAAUGGCAACAGAGAUGGAGAUAGAGAUAGAGAUACGGAUAAGGACACGGACAAGGACAAAGACAAGGACAAGGACAUCGUCGCCGUCGGCGCAUCUCCAGCUGCGGCUCCAGCUCGGAAAGGAGAGGCGCAACCAAGCACCAAAGCACAAGAUAUGGAAACCGCCGUGACCCAGUUGAGCGCCGUCGUGACCAACAUCCGCAAGACAUACUCGAUGACAGAAUGGCUCCAGCUCCCCGAGAUUCGGGGCACCUUAGAGUCAUCAUCAUAUACCCUUUCACCCGCCUCUGCCCAGAUCAUCAAGCUCGAUCCAGAGGAUCGCCUGGACUACCUUCUUCACGGCAGAGCUUGGAUGCCGGGCAAGGAAUGGUCGUGGUACUUUGUAAAUACCUGUAUCAAGUGCUCUUGGGCCGUCUUUCGUACCCAGAUCUCCGAUUGCGCCGCUCGCAACACCGACGAUUCCGUUUUCGAUAGCAUUUUGAGAAACGGUGACUCUCGUAUCUGGUCGGCCGACGCAAUCUUGUAUAGCACGAGCCGCCCGAGCGUGCUUUACGGCGCGAUUAUCUAUGUCAAUCGGAUCGCCACUCCCCCUCAACCGAAAGCGGCAUUCCUCCCGUCGGAGCUGUCUUGCGCCUGCUAUCUUCUCGGCAAGGCUAUAUAUUCCUCCAAGGACUCGGCUCUCGCGACGGCUCGAUACUCGACCCGCAUCGUUUCUUUCACGGUUUCUACCCUUCGGAUCGUAACCUUCACCUACGAUAUCGCAUCCGCGCAGCUAUCUUACGUCGUAGUGUUCUCUUGCGAGCUGUCCAAUGUGAAGGAUCUGAGUAAGUUGACGGCGGAUUGGCUGACGGCGAUAGCGAUCGUUUUGGAUACCGCUGUUCUUUGUUCGGCGAAAGGAUGA